AUAAAUAUUAAGGAUGCUAUUUACUAUGCAUCUGAGUCUUGGGAUGCCGUUGAAAAUUCAGUGAUUAUCAAUUGUUGGAAUAAGACCGGAAUUUUGCCAUUAGUUUCUCACGAAGAAAUUGAAUUUGCCGCUCAUAAUCAAGAUACAAUAUUAGAGCAGCAAGAACAAGAUACCGACAUGUUAGUGGUGGAUUUAACUUCUCAAGAUCCAGAUCCGGAGAUUGAAAACCAAUUAAAUGCAUAUUUAGAUCUUAACAAUUUGCAUAUCUUAACUGAGGAAAUGCUUGAUGAUUCUGAAAUUAUCGAAGUUGUAUUGGAUGAAGCGAAUCAAUAUGAACAUGGAGAUCCUGAUGAUUCGGAUGAAGAAGAACCAGAAAUUUCAAUAUUAGAAGGAUUAAUGGGUCUAAAUAAGUUUAUAGGUUUUUUUGAACAACAAACUGAUCCUGGUUUUAAAGCUGAAGAUCUUAAAAUUUUUCAGAAAUAUUUAGCUUUAGUAAACCAAAAAUAUAAUGAAUCUAAACGCCAAACUUCGAUUAGUAAUUUUUUUAUGCCACAAGAUAGUCUACAGGAUUAUGAUGAUUAA